CUACAAACUCUUUUUUUUUUUCAUCUUUUUUUUUCAUUCAUCCUUUUUAAUAUCAUAAAAUGGCUACUGAAUCUAUUAUUCUUGUUACUGGAGGAUCUGGUCUUGUUGGUAAAGCUAUCCAAUGGGUUAUCGAAAACGAUAAAUCUGAACGUUUUGGUAAAAAGGAUGGUGAAACUUGGAUCUUUUUGACAUCUAAGGAUGGCGAUCUUAGAAACACUGAACAAACCAAAGCUAUCUUUGAAAAGUAUAAACCUACUCAUGUCAUUCACUUGGCUGCUUUGGUUGGUGGUUUGUUCAAGAACAUGAAGUAUAAGUUGGACUUCUUACGUGAUAAUAUGCUUAUCAAUGAUAAUAUAUUGGAAUGCUCAAAGAAUGCUGGUGUCAAGAAGGUUGUAUCCUGUUUAUCUACUUGUAUCUUCCCUGAUAAGACUACUUAUCCUAUUGAUGAAACCAUGGUUCACAAUGGUCCUCCUCAUGAAUCUAACUUUGGUUACGCUUAUGGUAAACGUAUGAUUGAUGUCCAAAACCAUGCUUACAAUGAACAAUAUGGUUGCCAUUUUACCUCCGUUAUCCCUACCAAUGUUUUCGGUCCUCAUGAUAACUAUAACUUGGAAGAUUCUCAUGUUCUCCCUGGUUUGACUCACAAGUGUUAUUUGGCCAAGCAAAACAACACUCCUUUCGUUGUUGGUGGUACUGGUAAACCAUUGCGUCAAUUUAUCUAUUCCCGUGAUUUAGCCAAGUUGUUUAUCUGGACUUUGAGAGAAUAUGAAGAAAUCGAUCCCAUUAUUUUGUCUGUUGGUGAAGAAGAUGAAGUCUCUAUUAAGGAUGUUGCUGAUGCCAUCGUUAAAGCUGUUGGUUUCCAAGGCGAAUAUUCCUUCGAUACCUCUCGCGCUGAUGGUCAAUUCAAGAAGACUGCUAGCAAUGACAAAUUGAAAAAGUAUUUACCUGACUUUGAAUUCACUCCAUUUGAUGUAGCUGUCAAGGAAUCUGUUGAAUGGUUUGUGGCCAACUUUGAUAACUGCCGCAAAUAGAAAAACAUUGUUAGUAUAGAUCAUCCCUUUUGUUUUUCCCUUUUCGUUAUCUACUAUUCCUAUUUCAUUCCUAUAUAAAUCACUUUAUCACAUACUCAUAUGUUUCCUACAAUCCCUUUACCUAUUGAUGAUAAAAAAAAAUCAUUUAUUGUAGCUUUAUCGAUCAAUAAAACGGAAAUGUGUUUUUUUUAUUUA